GGGCGCUGAGGGUGCCACUGCCCGGGCGGCCGGGGGCGGUCCGGGAGCGCGGCGGCGUCAUCCCAGGUGGUUCGCCGGCGGCGGCGGCGGCAGCAGUGACGCGCCGGUAGCCGCGGGGAGCGCGAGGUGUUUGUGAGGGCAGUGUGUGCGGUGCGGCUCCACAAUGGCGCGGGCCCGGGCGCCGCUCCUCUGGGUGGUGGUGGCGGGGGCAGUGACGGUCGCCGGCGGACAGAGCACUGAGUCGGCCUGCGGCACCGGCCCCUCGGUGGCAGCCACCGUGUUUGCCGUGCUGCUGCUGCUGGCUCUGGCCGCGCUCGGCGUCGUCAUGUACCAGUACAUCUGGAAACCGCGCCACUGCUCCAGUUUGGAGAAGGUGGUGCUGGCGGAGAACGGCCAGCCCGAGGGACGGUUCGCCUUCGACAACCCCUACAUGAUCGAGGACGAUGACAUCGGCAGCAAAAGUACCCUGCCGUGCCAUGACAUACUCGCUAUAAACGAAAAGACGGGAACGUCUCGCAGCGGCGACUUCAAGACUCCGAAGAAGCACGGGUUCUGUGUCAUCACUCCGACCUCGAGCAGUCAGCCCAAGGGGCAGUCGCCCAGCGACGACCUCACAGCUAACGAGGGUGACCAGGUCACCGUUCCUCUGAAGGGUCACGACUUCACCGGACUGGGCUUCACCGUGCAGGGCGGCAUGCGGGACGGCAUCUUCGUCCAUACGGUCUCCCAGCACGGGCCGGCGCUGGAGUCGGGCAGGGUACAGCCAGGUGACCGGGUGACGGCGGUGACGGUCUCGUUCGCGCACAUCACCCUCGAUGACGCCACAGCCAUCCUCAGUCAGUCGUCUCCGUAUGACGUGCAGCUGCACCUGCAGAAGGCGCCCGGUGGACAGAGGAAGGCGGCAACCCCGACCGGCACCGCCGACCGCCGCCAGCAGAGCGGAACCGACCUAGCAGAGGGAAAGUCGCACCGCGGCGGCCGGUCGGAUAGGUCACCCACCACCAGCAGUCCGUCCAGCGCCAGCAGCUCGGGCCAGCCGGAGAGGAAAACGGUCGCCGCACCGAAGGCCGGGAGCGACCCCCGCAAGGAGACGGUCCAGCAUGUGCAGCGCGACGCCUCGGCUGCUGGCUCCACCUCUGAGGGCUUCCGGGAGAUGGCAGUCGAUGUUCCCGAGGACAUCAGUAGCUCGCAUGAAAAGAAAGACACGGAGCCAUCGUCCUCGGCGAAGGCCCGCCACCUGGGUGUCCAGGUGCUGCCCCCUCUGAUGCCCUCGGGAGCCGCGGGAUCCGGAUCCACCGGGUCCGGAACGCCCGGCUCCGAGUCGGGUCGCCGCAGUGUGGCGCUCGGUGUGCCCUCCCUGCGCCUGGCCUCGCGGGACCCGGCCGAACCGAGUCUCGACGCCUGCCUCACCCGGCUGGCCAACGACCAGCCGUGCGGCCGAGACCUGGACGACGAGACCGGGGAGCCGAGCACCCCCAGUGCCGAGGAGGGCGACCACCGGCGCGUCCGCAUGGGCACGUCCAGCUUCAACACGCAGGAGCGGCUGGCCAGGAGGGAGGUGGACGACCAGCCGGACCGGCCCGAGCCGGCCAAACGGCAGCGGGCCGCCGGCGACAGCACCCUCGAGAGGGAAGGAAAGGAGGAGAAACCCCGACACGAGUCCGGGUCCUCCGAUCAGAGCGAUGUGAUCAGAAGCCCGAACAAUGAAGAGCAGGUAAAAACAUCGCGAGAUGCAUCAUCGCCAGAGGAGCAGACGAGAGAGAAGGAAAGCCACGAUGACGUCGAGUUCGUGAAGCUAAGCAGCGAGUUCAACAUUCUUAUCCAAGACGAAAAGCCACAGACUGAUGAUUCUGGUACCAAAGGAAGUCACGACGACAGUGCUGUGGAAAAGAAAGACACGAGAAGCCGUAGCUGCAGUUCCAGCUCGAAGACAAGCUCCGGUCCCUCGAGCCCCGUCCAGGAGCGGCCGAAGCAGAUGUCCUUUGAGCUUCCCGACGAAAUGCUGUUGGCCGCGGGAGUGGCCCAAGACCGACGGAGCCGGGUGGACCGGCCAGCGCGCAGUGCUCUGUUCAGCAGUACCGAGGUCCUCACGGACCAGCAGACGACUCCAACCGAGGAGCAGCCAGUGUCAGACAGCGCAGAGGUGCUGGAGGACAAGAGGGAAACUCCUGAAGACGAGCGAACGCCCCCAGUCGCGAUGCCACGAACAGUGACCCCAGACAGUCCUCAGUCGGAGGGCGGAAAGGAGGCUUCCGAAGUCGAGCAGGUAGACGUGUCCGAUAGAAAAGACGAGCUAGAUAAUGACAAGGAGACUGGGAAGUCUCCCGUGGAUCAGGCUAAAUACGAGGUCAAAGUGGUGGAAGAGGAAGAACUCACGAAGACUGUUCGAUCUGUCAGUGCUUAUCAGGAUGAGACAUCAUCACCAAAAAUGAAGAUAGACAAGCUCGAUGCCUUUAAGGAAGUGCUUUCACUCACACCCUCAAAGUCUCCAAAAGACAAACGGAUAAAGCCGGACGAAGAUGUCGACGUUGUCGGUGAGACGGUGGAGAGGAACCACGUGGACCGAUGCCCGUGUGACGGUCCGACGUCCACCAGCACCGCUCCCAGAAUCACGGGAGAGGUGACUGGUCUGAUCGAGGUCGGGGAGAAAAAGUCGCCGAGGACCGAACCGGCCAUCGUGGGAGCGACUGAGAGCCGGCGGCUGCAGGCGGGCUCGGAGGAGAGGAUCGCCCCUCCGUCUGCUGCCGCCGUCAGUCGCGCCCGCUCAGAGGCGGCCGCGCUGCCGGAGGCGCUCAGAGCGGUGCGCGCGGUACGGCGGCGGGACAGCGGCGGCCCGGUGGCAGAGGUGCUCUCCCGGGACGCGGCGGCCACCAGCGGCCGGCUGUGCGCCUCCACCGGCGACCUGACCCGCUCCGAGCCGCCCAGGGCCGACUCGCCGCUGGGCCGCACCGUCUCCAUGCAGAUCGGGGUCGGGGACCAGCCGGACGGCGGCUCGCGCGUCUCGGCGGCGGCCUGCGCCCGGGACCAAAUGGAUCUGACCCGGCUGGGUCAGCAGGAGGGGUACGCAGCGGCUCAGAACCGUCACAUCAUGUCCGUCACCUCGUCCAACGAGUCUCUGGACACGGGAUCCAUUCAGGAGGAGCCGGAGAACGAGGCUAACCAACUCCUUCCGCCUGUAACCUCUAACGGCAUCAACCACCACGGCCCGGAGGACGAGGAGGAGAUGCCAGCGCCACCUGCUGUUCCAAUAGAUGAGACACCUGGGAAGGACGCUUCGUUCGAUGUGCCUGUGAAUGGACUGGAUACCCAUGAGGAGCGCUCCAGGCACAGCUCAGAAGAAACUGAAGACGCUAAUGCGGAGGAGAGGACUCCGCCAGCAUUCCCGCGCAUCGUGCGAUCUGAGCUAAAGCGAAACUCUGAUUCGGACAGCUCUGACGGGAGGGAGGAAUCGACCGUCGAGAGCUCAUCCAUGCGCACAUACUCUGCCGACGCGAUCCCAGUGCCCUCUGUGGUGUCCGUGGUUCUACCAGUUAUUCAUGAGCCCGCCGCUGAGCCCAAAACUGAGUCAAACUCAUCACCCAGCUCACCAGCCAAAUCCGCCGAAUCCCCGUCUUCCACCGCUGAUCCUCAGUCAGCGGAGUCUCAGGCAGCGCCCUCCGAGUCGGGUGCGGCUCCGGAGUCAGAGUCACCUGAGUCGGAGUCUGCGCCGGCCCGCUCCCGUCGAGGACCCCCUCCGAACCCUCCGCCGCGCUCCCCGGCCAGUCGACAGGCCCGGGAGCCCGACCAGUUUGAGAUCAGCGCGACCGAGCUGGACUCUGUGAUGAUCUCACAUGAGGAGUUCCUGAGACAGGAGGCCGAGCGGCGCGCCCACGUCUGCCGCCUAGCGGCCAACUUCAGAACCAGUCGAGAGCCCAGCCCGGCGCCGGAGUAGCGUGCCCAUGAUGUCGUGUGGUGAGGGCGCAGAGCGCUCAUACUUUGUAGUCCGUCUGGUAGGGACGAAGAGACAGUGGCAAAGCUGACAUUGGAGCGUGGUGAUAGACUCAGUGUCCCGUAUACGUCGGGUGGCUUUAGUGAUCCACGUUUACCUGGUUGUAACAACACAGCCUUAUCUGUGACAUUAACUUGACUGAGGAGCGACGAGCAGAGAGUGUUGCUCUUUAUUGUGAUGCGUGUUUUGCGCUAGAUUCCAUUGAGGUUAGCCAUGUGAAACGAUUUGAUCUUUUGACUUUGUAAACCUGCGCUUUUGAUAGGAAAUUACGGUACUUUUCUUCUUUGACUCGUCUAUUUUUAAACUUUUAUAUAACUAUAUUUCCUUACUUGUAGUAACUAGUAACUCAUCAAAUGUGGCGUGUGGGUGUUGAUGCUGAGAGCACAUUCUACUCCAUGAACCGUCCAAGAGCUGGAAACAGAUCUGAGCUCCCAAGGCUACCGAGUGGCCUGACAGUGGUCCGUCCAGGGCCGGUCCUGUGGGGAACGGACCGAGACUCUCGAUAACUGUGACUGUGACUGUGUGUCUGUGGGAUGUCCUGUGGAGACCCGCAGUCCUCGUGAUAAUAUUCCGUCCAACUGAUACACCACUCCGGCCAAGCCAUUCAGAAAGACUUUUAAUGGUAGGAACUAGUUUUGUAUGAUUGAUAGACGGUACAUACUUUUUAUCGGACUAAGUGAACAUCGUCAUGCCGUUCGUAUAGAAAUGACUGAAGAGCUGCUGACUGUAUUCCAAUAUACAGACCGCAGUAAUUCAAAUGCUAGUUAGUUUUCUAUUUUUUCUCAAGUGCUAGAGCGAUGAAAUAACUCAAGAUUCGAGCAUGAGCGCACAAUUGUGAUCUCUGCGAGGCGAGACACUCGAUGAUUAAUUAUCAGAGACCAGACGUUUGUGAUUUGCUUUUCUGAAAACGGGAUAACGUGACUGUGCCUGUGAGACUGGCUGGCAUUUGUAAAUAAGGCGUCGUUAUGAAGUUGUGGGAACGUGAGCCAAUGGUAGCUUGUAAACUUAGAAGUUAGAACUCGAAUACAGCUCUACAUAAAAAAAUCUUACUUCCUUUCGUGCUUUUUUGUGUGACCUUAUCUAUCAUAUCUGUCGUAAAAUAUACUAUCAACCUUU